UUCUGGAAGCUCGUAUUUACAUUUUAAGUGUAUCUGGUGAGUGGGCUGGAGCCCUGGUCUGGGCCGGGGGUGCGGGGGGAAAAAAAGCCCUCUGGUUCAUCUCUUAGCUGCUCCUCUUCCGUUUUCUCUCCGGUUUCUCAUCACUCCAACCAGCGCGACCAUGCCCAGGAAGAAGGCGGCGGCGGCGGCCUGGGAGGAGCCGAGCUCGGGCAACGGCACGGCCCGCGCUGGGCCCAGGAAGCGCGGCGGCCCGGCCGGCAGGAAGCGCGAGCGGCCCGAGCGCUGCAGUAGCAGCAGCGGCGGCGGCAGCAGCGGCGAUGAGGACGGCCUGGAGCUCGACGGGGCCCCCGGUGGGGGCAAGCGCGCGGCGCGGCCGGCGGCGACCAAGGCGGGCGGCGCAGCCGUGAUCAUCACCGAGCCCGAGCACACCAAGGAGCGCGUCAAACUAGAAGGGUCUAAGUGCAAAGGCCAGCUUUUGAUUUUUGGGGCAACCAACUGGGACUUGAUUGGUCGAAAAGAAGUGCCUAAACAGCAAGCUGCCUACCGCAAUCUCGGUCAGAAUUUGUGGGGGCCCCAUAGAUAUGGCUGCCUGUCGGGGGUCCGGGUGCGGACCGUGGUCUCGGGUUCGUGCGCUGCCCACAGCCUCCUCAUCACCACGGAAGGGAAGCUGUGGAGCUGGGGUCGCAAUGAGAAGGGGCAGCUGGGACACGGUGACACCAAGAGGGUAGAAGCCCCCAAACUCAUUGAGGGUCUGAGCCAUGAAGUGAUUGUGUCUGCGGCAUGUGGACGGAACCACACCUUGGCGUUGACGGAGACGGGCUCCGUGCUUGCGUUCGGAGAGAACAAGAUGGGCCAGCUCGGCCUCGGCAACCAGACAGACGCUGUCCCGAGCCCCGCACAGAUCAUGUACAACGGUCAACCAAUUACCAAAAUGGCCUGUGGGGCAGAAUUCAGUAUGAUAAUGGACUGCAAAGGGAACCUCUAUUCCUUUGGGUGCCCUGAAUAUGGUCAGCUGGGACACAACUCAGACGGCAAGUUCAUCGCCAGGGCGCAGCGGAUAGAGUACGACUGCGAGCUGGUGCCCCGGCGAGUGGCCAUCUUCAUCGAGAAGACGAAAGACGGCCAGAUUUUGCCAGUCCCCAAUGUGGUCGUACGGGAUGUGGCCUGCGGCGCUAACCACACGCUGGUCCUGGACUCUCAGAAGCGUGUCUUCUCCUGGGGCUUUGGUGGCUACGGGCGCCUGGGCCAUGCCGAGCAGAAGGAUGAGAUGGUCCCUCGCCUGGUGAAGCUGUUCGACUUCCCCGGGCGCGGGGCGUCCCAGAUCUACGCUGGCUACACCUGCUCCUUCGCCGUCAGUGAAGUGGGUGGGCUGUUCUUCUGGGGGGCCACCAACACGUCCCGCGAAUCCACCAUGUACCCAAAGGCCGUGCAGGACCUCUGUGGCUGGCGAAUCCGGAGCCUGGCUUGUGGGAAGAGCAGCAUCAUCGUGGCCGCCGACGAGAGCACCAUCAGCUGGGGCCCAUCGCCCACCUUUGGGGAGCUGGGCUACGGGGACCACAAGCCCAAGUCCUCCACCGCGGCUCAGGAGGUGAAGACGCUGGACGGCAUUUUCACUGAGCAGGUGGCCAUGGGCUACGCACACUCCCUGGUGAUCGCUCGAGAUGAAAGCGAGACUGAGAAAGAGAAGAUCAAAAAACUGCCAGAGUACAACCCCCGGACCCUCUGAUUCUCCCGGAGCCCCCGCAGCCCCACACCUCCUGCGGCAGCUGUCAGUUCCACGUGCACUGGGACCGGACGUCGAACGAGGAAUUUAAAGAAAGCAAGAGUUGACCGAAGGUGCAUUUUUGUUAGACUCCCUGAGGUUCCGUUUUAUAAGUGAUUUCAACGUCAACUACCUUUUCUGUAUGCUUUCCAAAGUGUUUUUUUUUUCUUUUAAUGUUUAAUUAAAAUAUUUGCUCAUAGUUGACUUACCAUUCCUACAAAAGAGGCAGAAACUCUGAGCAACCUAGGUUUUUUAUUUUUUCUUUUUCUCCAAGUGGUUUUUCUUUUUCUUCCUGCUCCUAAACACACUUCUCAGAACACCCCUUUCCAGUCGUAACUAGCAUGUGAUCCGAGCGGGUUCUUCCUGGGAGAGGAGUCCCCGUUGAUGCAGAAAGAAAGGUCCCUUCCAGGAGCCAGCAGCGGCUGCACAGAGACAGUGCUGGUGGUGGAUCUCCAUCCAAAAAUCACGCCCGCCUGCUUCGGAAGCAUCUGGGUCACUUUCUUUCCCGCUUUUUCCUGUAGACCAGCCGAGGCUGGCCUUCUGUUUCUCUCCUUGGCUGCUUGUAAGCCCCGGCGCCUUUUGGCUGCAACUUUACUAGAAUCUGCCAUUUCCCCCCUGGUGGGGGCUCUGGGGUCUGUGUUUAGCCAUUUUUUAUCUACUUUAGCUGUAAAAGAAGUCCAAAUGAAAAUCAGGUGAUUGUGGACCCAGUGGGGACUUGGGGGAUGGGCAGACGAAGGGACAGCAUGUCUAGUUCACGGGCGGCUCUGAGGUUUCUCAGGACGCGCUGGAGCCGUCUGGCCAGCACUCGCCAUUAGAGAUUGAUCAGCCAGCAGUUUAAAAAAAAAGUGCAUUCUGGAGUCCUUGCAAGGAAGGAUCAGCUCUUUUGUACCAGCCUUGAUCACCUCUGUGCUUCUGUGUCUCUCCUCCGCCGGAUUCUGCUGGAACGGGCCCGGUCUCUGAGACGCGGGGUCCUGUUCUGCUACCCCAGCUCUCUGGUCGCCUUGCUUGGCUGUGGUACCAAAUAGUUGGGAUUCCUGAAAAGUCCCCCUUCCCCGCGUGUCAGCGCCAAUCUGUGACUGCCACCCCGCUUCCCGCCACGCGCCCUCUGCCCGAGCUCGUCACCGGCGGUGCGCUGCUCUGCUCUGCGUGAGUUACGAGGUGCCUUUCCCGGACCCCUCCGCUCACUUGGACCCAGGAGAGGCGACAGCUCUGGCUGGGGCUCUUGGUUUCGAGAGGGUCUGGACGGGUUUGGGUGCUUUAAAAUAGAUUUUUUAGUUCCGUGGUGCUUCUGGGGGAGAGGGGGUUAGGAUUUGGUGGGACACGUGGGUGGAUGGGAGAGUUGAAUAUGGGUCUUUUUAUUCUUUGCUUUGCUGUUGUUACCACUUGUCAUUGUCUCGAUGUUAAAAUGCCAAAAAUGAUCGAGUCGUCGUUGCUUUCUUCCCUGCCCGUCCCCCGUGGCGCCUCACGGCGUCUGCCUUUCCAGGGCGUGUGACAGGACAGGAUCUGCCCCGCCAGUCCCAAGGCCUUGCGCGAGGAGAGCGGGCCUGCGUCUUCCUAAGGUUUAGUCUGACUUCAUGCUCAUUUGCUGUCCUGUGUCAGUCCGUAGUCCAGGGGAGAAGCUUCUGCUAAACUAACCUAAUUUGUCCAAAUCACCCUUAGAGCCACCAUCUUGGGCUCUCACUUAUGCGCGGGGCACCCACCCUUUUUCCUGGACACGAGUCUCUCUCCUGGAACGGGGCUUCGGCACAUGUGCCCCUUGGACCCGCACAGCAGCCCCAAGGUCCCCUCUGCGGGAGCUGCCCUGGGACAGGCAGGGCUCUGAUCUUCCGGGGGACCAGUCUGAAACCUGCCACCAGCCUAUUUGAGGGCUCCUUGCCAGGGACCAGAGCAGCAUAGGCUCGGAACUUCCAGGUGAAGACGGCCCUGUUCGCCACAAUCACUCCUUUUGGCUUAGAAUUUUAAGAUGAACUUCCUAAGGGGGGGGAAAUCCUUCUUGACAAGGAAUUAGGGGGUUGUCCUGCACUCCAAGAGAAAGAGUGGCCUUGCGCCGACCCCCCUGGGCCUCUGACCCGCCUUCCAGCUCUGGAGAGCAUCUCUGGAAGAGGGGGUUCAGGGCUAAGGGGAGAGAACACCUGAAGAGGUUGUGAUUUGGUCGAAGGUGCCUGGUUUAGUGCUGUAUUUGUCUUAUUUUUUUUUUAUAUAUAUAUUUCUUGGAGUAAACAUUUUAAAUAAACGACAUCAUUGUUUACUCUG